UGCUAGAGGAAGAUGGAGAGCCCGCUGCUCUUAUUCCCGCAGCUAAACAUCUCUGCUUCCAAGGAUAAAUCCUACUACAAAGUCAUGAAACCGGCCCAUAAAGAAGAGGCAAAUAAAGCAAGCAAGCCUGGAGCUAAGCAGAAGAGAAACAGGCUGAGCCUUCUGCUGCAGAAAACGGAGUUCCACGAAGACGUUCAUCUUGGCAAGGCUGCAAACCUGAAAAAAGCAGCAAGUGUGUCUCCUGAAGAAGCAGUUAAAUGGGGUGAAUCUUUUGACAAACUGCUUUCCCAGAAAGAUGGGUUGGAUGCUUUUACAAAGUUUCUGAAAACGGAGUUCAGUGAGGAGAACAUCGAGUUCUGGAUAGCUUGUGAGGAUUACAAGAAAAGCAAAACGACACAUGAGCUGCUCCCAAAAGCCAAGACCAUUUAUGAAACGUUCAUACAGAAAGAUGCACCAAAAGAGGUGAACCUGGACUUCCACACCAAAGAAGUCACCAGCCAGAGCAUCAAGCAGCCCCUCAUCAGCACCUUCGACGCAGCACAGAGCACAGUCUACAAGCUGAUGGAGCAAGACAGCUACCCACGCUUCCUGAGAUCCGAUCCUUAUCUGAACUUGGUGCAGGGSAGGAAUCCCAGUCGUCCCGCCAUGAGGAGACGAUCCCGAUCUUUCACUGUCAAUGAUUUCCAGGAUGUGCGACCAGACUUUACCAUAUGGUAAAGCCCACAACAGCCCAUAUGUGUUUUAGCUACUGCAGUCAUAUGSAUGACUUAAAAUCCUAAUUUUUUUGCUGGUGUAAAUAUGUGUGUCUUGAGCAUGGUUACUCCCACGCAGAUUGGAGUUCUGUACUCAGUGAAUAAUCUCAUUUCUGAUAGAGGAAGAAGCAGGACACAGCAGAUAAAUUCUUUGUACAGUAUUUUUUUUUCCUUGAAGUCAAGCAAAAUCUGCAAUUAUAUUUCAAGACACUGAUUUUCCUACAUAAAAAUAUUGCUCAAAUGCCAGCUGAUAAUACCCAUCACAUAGCCUGGCCCUGUAUUAUUUAGAGUUUUGUCACGGUGUGAACCUAUAGACCCAGCCUUUGCACAGAAGUACAUUUGCAGUAUUUCCUACACUAAGCACAGACUUUCUGUGGUAUUUUCUCAUCCUAUAGAGCACAUGGUAACAUUAAUUAGGCAAAAAAUAAAAUUACAAGGAUUUUAACUACAGCCACUGCCUAAGUAAAAUGUAUGCUAUUGCAUAAUU